AUGUCAAGAUUGUAUGAAAAGAUUUGCUCUAAAACAUCAUUGGAGAAGACAUAUGAUUUCUAUUAUAUGUUUAAUGGACACGAAUAUAUAUGUAAUAAGUGUGGCAAGAUGUACAUGCAUAGAGGAAGUCUUCAAAGGCAUUCAAAAUUUGAAUGUGGUGUAACUCCAAAAUUUGGCUGUGGCUUUUGUGGACGCAGAUUCUCUCAAAGAUCUAAUUUAAGCAGACAUGUGGUUGAUAUACAUAGGAGUGCUCUUGAAGAAUUUAUCAAUAAGCGUUCGGAAUCAAGAAAUGAAGAUGAUUUAAUAUUGCAAGUCAGUAACCAUAACAUAAUGUAAAAUACAUAAAUCUUGGAUGUUAAACUUAAUUUAGUAGUUAUUAUUUUAUUAAACAACUUAUAAUUUGCCAAAGUUUAUUUACCAUUAAUAAAAUCAUAAUUUUGUUUAUUCA